AUGAGGGAGACAGUGAACAGCUUGUUGGAGGAGAAACGAAUUUUGUCUGUCAGAUUCACACAGCAGAGACGGAUAGAAGAGUUCACGUCACAGUCACAGAAAGAUCAGGCAGAGAUGAAAGAGCUUCGUGAAACUGUUGAGCAACAAGGAAAAACAAUCAAAGAUUCACAAGUCUCCAUGAUGGCCGCUCAGGAGUACGAUGGGAUGAAGGAGCAGCUCGACUUGGAGCAGAGCCUAAGAGUCAAAGCUGAGACUUACGCACACGAGAUGCUGGUGAAGCAGAAGGAGGCCAACAGGCAGAGUAUGCUCCUGCUACAGAGUGCUGAGCCCAGCGUUCAGCUUCUGAAAGCUCUGGAUGUUGCUGCCAUCACCAAAACUGGGGAGGAGCGUCUGCAGCAUCAGCAGAAGGUGGAGAGCCUGCAGGCCCAGCUGGAGCAGAGCUGUGUGAAGAAGCAGCUGGAGGCUCUGCAGAGGCAGCUGGAGCUGCUGGAGGUGGAGAAGAAGGAGGUGGACGGACGAUUGGAGAAGGCAGAGAAGAAGAAUGAGGAGCUGGAGAACAGAGUCCACAAGCUCCAGGAGGAGACCCAGAAAAACAAUGCCAUGACGACCAGAACGGGACCCCCUCCCCCCCAACCUGGGGUUGCCCCCCCCCCCCCCCCCCCCCCGCAGCCUCCUCCUCCCCCUCCUCCCCCCCCUCCACCGCCUCCUCCACCUCCCCCCUCGAGAUGCAACCCCCUCAGCUCUCUGAUAGCCAUCAUGAGGAAAUCUUCAAAAGGCUCUAAAGCGUCCGUGAAGGCAGAGCAGCCUCCAGCUGCUGAGGGUGUGGACGACGUGAAGGUGAAAGCAGUCAAUGAAAUGAUGGAAAGGAUCAAACAUGGCGUCGUCCUGCGACCUGUCAAGAGUCAGGAGACUAAGAGAGUAGCAGUAAAACCACCUCCAAUCUGUGAGGAGAAACCGCAGGAGAGCGCCAUGGAGGAACUGAAAGGCAUCCUGGAGACGGUGAAGCGGAGUCCCAGCCGAGGGUCUCAGGAGUCGGGGCCGUCACCACCUGGGAAGAAGGACAGCGAGCUGGAGGUCAUCCUGAGACGUCGACGCAACAAGGCGGGAGAAGCUGGCUCCGGAGAUGAGCGAGAGGGCCAGAUGAGCCACGUCUCCUCCUCAGACAGCCUGAAUGGGAGGCGCACCAGCAGCGACUCGGGCAAGGAUCCAGAGGGGCCGGGGGGGCUGAGCACACCCUCCGACUCUGCGGGUCCCAGGGUUAGCUCAGAGAGACGGGGGUCAGGACCGGGGCCCGUCGUGGCCAGGAGGAAGAGCUCGGACACAGGCAAAGAGCCCAGAGUGGGCUCCUGGCAGGAGAGGAGGUCUUGCAGCUCUCUGUCUGAGAAAGAAACAGCAGAGUCUCCGGUCGGCAACGGCUGCACCAACAGUGUCGGGGAGGACGAUAAAACUGCGACGGAGAAGUAUGUCGAGUCAAACGGAGUCGAACACGCCGAACCUGGUGAGGACACAGACGCCGCUGCCUGCGCCGGCCCGGUCAACGGCAGCACCGAUGCUGAGUGCUAGGAUGGCCUCGGAGGAUCCCGGGCUUGUUUCUGUAAUCUGAUCCAUGCAUUUAUUGGCUGAUGUGAGAGUGAUGUCAUCGAUAAUUACUCUCACAUCAGAAAGUUUAGGGUGCGAUCACACAUUUGCCUUUUGUUUAUUGGGUCAGAACCGGAAUGGAAAACUUUAUUGUAAUUUUAUAUUUGUUGUGUUUUUCAGAUUUACAUUAACCGUUUAAAAACUAACCGGAGUCUGACAAAAAAAAGAAAAAACAAGAAAAGUCACAUGACUAACGUAGCUCAUUUAUUGAACAGAUUUUUGGUCUGAGCAUUUUUUAUUCCAUUUCCUGUAGAUUUUUCACAUGUCGAGAAAGCUGAAGGAUGUCAUUGUUCUCACAAAAGUAACAUGAGGUUGGACAUGCUGCAGAUAAACUGUUCAGAACAUGCUUGGUGUGAACGCACCCUAAUCUGUCCAGCCAUUGUAGAAGCCCCCUCAAACAAACUGUAUCUGUCACUUGUCAGCAGUUGAGAGAUUCAAACUAUUAUUCUUGAAUAAUCAAUCACAGAAACAAAAACAAGGCGACAGAGCAGUCGGUAGGGGCUUUUAUAAUGGCUCAUAUUAAUUAAUAACCAGAGCAUUUAUCAAUCUGCUGUACGUCAAUUGUUUUCUUUGAAGGUUUUCUGAAUACAGACUUGUGGAUCCUGGAGGAGGGACUGACUGAACUGUACGAGGGAAGCUGCACUGUUUUUGCACAGAACCUCAGUUUUCUUCAAACACUUCAACUUAUACAAUGACUGUAAAGCUUUAGGUUGAUGUUUUCCUCCAUUUGAUGCACAAAGUUCGAUAUGUUCAAUAUCACUUUGUGUCAUCAGAAGGAAUGCACUGUACUGUUUAGAAUCCAGCUCUCCAGCUUCCUCUGCUUCUCCUCUAACCCCCUUCUUCUUUACUCCCAGUUGUAGAGGGGGAUGCACAAUUGGUUAAUAUAUAAUAAUAUGCUUUUGUUAGCUUCAUCAGUCAGUGGAUAUAAUGGUACAUAUUUAAUGGUUUUAAGGCAUGUUGUUGAAAAAUGGAUAUUCACAAUUAUGGCUGGGACAAAAACAGUUUUUUGAGAUCUACUAAAUUGAAACAAACAAGUUGAUUAAUACUUGAAUAUUUUUUGCCAUUGGAUAAUUUUAAAGCAUACGUGUUUUGUCAUUGUAGUACUUGGAUUAACAUUAAUCAUGCAGAAAAAUUCUAAACACGUGCAAUGUUCUUAUACCCAGCAAACCAAACUACUGGAUGGUACAAACAGUGAUGACUUAACUAUUCCUAAAAAUGUAAAGUUUAUCCUGAUCCACAGUGUUAUUUAAGGUCAAAUGGGUUAAUUCUCUGGGGAGCAGGUAUUUAAUUGGUUAAUUUUAAGGCUGUCUGACAAUUAGACUGUACUAAGUUAUGUGUAAAAGUAGAAAUUUUGGCCUGAUGGCGUCGUUAGAAGAAUGACAAAUUUCAUUACAAUCACAACUCCUUAGCCCUCAUCGCAAGUGGGACAAAAACACACAACAAAUUAUCUCUUCUGUGCAGUUCAGUUGUCGCUGUAUCAAUAAGUGGUCCCAGCCUUAAUUUUGAUUAUUAUUAGAUUCACUGACAAAAAAACGUAUGACUUCUUGAACUUGAAUUCCCGAGCAAACUGCAUCCACUGAUGAAGACCAAGAGAUGUGGCUGAGAGCUCUAGAUUACUGUUAAUCUGUAAUGGAUAUGUUUUCUAAUGUCAAGAAUGAACCUUCAGGCUCUAAUUGUGCAUCCCUGGCUAUAGUAUCCAGGUAUUUAGAGUAUGUCAUUCAUGAACUCUCGCUGUUUAGUCCAACCUCUUCCUGAGUCUAAAUGGAGAGAUGCUGAGUGAAAACACCCAGAAACAAUUUUUACAACCAGGGUUUAAAAAAUGGUGCAGAAAGCUUUGAAUGUGGAAAGGUUCUUAUCCCUUCUUCCUCUUUUGCUACUGAGGCUCCUGUCCAGGUUUCAGCGUGUUGACUAUCGGUGUGUCGUAAGGCUUGUGAGGGUGUGAGGUGGAAAUCAGACAGAUGUGGAAAAUAAAUGUGAUAUUUCAGGAUCAGAGCAACAAUAACAACAACAACAACAGCAGCAAAGUAAGUAGCAAAGUUCCAACUAAAUCACAUCUAACAGAAAUAUUCUCAGGUUUCAUGGGACAACGUUUCACCAAACUAACUUUGCAGGUGUCAACAGUAAAAUGUUUGGGACGAACAAAUAGAAAGCCAUUUUUAGUGGGUAAAUAAGCAAAGGAUGAGAACAUCUUUGGAGGAAUGAGGUGCUUGUGUACUUUGUCUACCUCUCCACAGACACCUGCCUCUAAACCUAUAUGUCCUGAAUUACAUUUUGUCGUGUGAAUCCUAAUGAGAUACUGUCACCGGAUUAAGAUGUCUUCCACACGCCUUCCUCCACUGUAUCAGCACUGAGUCCAGAGUCCUGUAUGCACAUAUUCUGAGACGCCCUUAUUGUUUCUGUGCUCGGUCAACACGUCCACCUUCACAUUUCACCGUGCGUUCCUUGACUUUGAUUUUGUAGGACCUAAAGUCUAUAUAUAGCUUUCCUGACACGUGAUGCAACCUUAAGAACAAUUUUGAAGAGUAUGCAAUUACAUAAGGCACAUUUGGAUGGUGCUUUCACACCUUCUCAUUCUUUCUUAAAACACAGAAUCACAUUUAAAAUUGCAUUUUCUUCUGUCCAUUACGUGUAUUUUAUUCUAAUGCAAAGGACCAGAUGUUAAGGAGUAAAGAAACUGUUAGUCUGCACAUAAAAUAACCCUCCGGAGCUGUUCAGCUGCCACAGGCCUGAAUUGUAUGCAUAUCGAGGCCUCGCACAGGCCUCCGGGCAGUGGCCUGCAGCUGGGUUAUGUUUUGGGUCCUUGUACUUAUUGCAUAGUUGUUAACCAAGUGGCUUAACAAGGGGAUUUACCGAAUCUGACGGAGAUUGGGUGACUAUAGAUAUUGUGUGUGUUUGGGAUAUAAAUGGAGUGUUAAAGAGUUUUUUAAAACAUGAAUUUUCAUUUUAGCAUCACUUGAAAUAAAUU